GUGGAAGCGAAUGACCUGAAAAUGAAUCCAUCUUCUCCUGUGCUACCAGCAACCAUCUUAGAGCAAACUGCCCUGCAGCUGGGAUGCAGUCCCACAGACCAGAAACUUGCUUCUCACUUAGAUGAAGAAGAUGACUUGAAGCACCUUCGUGAAUGCUUUCAUAUCCCCAAAGUCAAGGAUCUGCCUCCAACUGAUCUGAGCCUGGUGAAUGGAGAGGAGAGCUGCAUAUACUUCAUUGGGAAUUCUCUUGGGCUCCAGCCAAGGAAAGUUAAAACUUACUUGGAUGAAGAACUGGACAAGUGGGCUCGAACAGGUGUUCAUGGCCACUUCAAUGGGCAGCGCCCCUGGGCUCUGGCAGAUGAGUGCCUCCUGGACCUGAUGGCUGGGCUGGUUGGUGCCCAAAGACACGAAGUAGCCUUAAUGAACGGACUGACUGUAAACUUGCACCUCCUGCUGCUCUCCUUCUUUAAGCCUACUCCAAGCCGCUAUAAAAUUCUCCUAGAAGCCAGAGCCUUUCCCUCUGACCACUAUGCAGUCGAGUCGCAGCUUCGCCUCCACGGGCUGGAUGUGGAGAACAGCAUGGUCCUGCUGCAGCCACGCAAGGGGGAGGAAACCUUGAGGAUUGAAGAUAUCCUUGCUAUGAUCGAGAAGGAAGGGGACUCCAUCGCUGUCAUUAUGUUCAGCGGGGUGCAGUACUACACGGGACAGUUGUUUGACAUCCCCAGAAUAACAAAGGCUGGCCAAAAGAAGGGUUGCUUUGUUGGAUUUGACCUGGCUCAUGCUGUUGGGAAUGUAGAACUUAGUCUGCAUGACUGGGGAGUAGACUUUGCCUGCUGGUGUUCCUACAAGUAUUUGAAUUCUGGAGCAGGAGGCCUGGCUGGUGCCUUCAUUCACGAGAAGCAUUCCAGGAGCAUUAAACCGGCGCUAGUCGGCUGGUGGGGCCAUGCAUUCAAAACUAGAUUCCUCAUGGAGAACAAACUGGAGCUAAUUGAAGGAAUUAAUGGAUUUCGAUUAUCAAACCCUCCAAUUCUGCUGGUCUGUGCUCUGCAGGCGAGUUUGGAGGUUUUUGCCCAAACAACAAUGAAAGCCCUGAGAAGGAAAUCCAUUCUGCUCACUGGUUACUUGGAAUACCUGAUAAAACAUUACUACAGUGAGGACAAAACCAAGCCAGAGAAGCCCUUUGUGAAGAUCAUCACCCCUCCCCAGACCCAGGAGAGAGGCUGCCAGCUCACGCUGUCCUUCUCCCUGCCCAUCAAGUCUGUGUUCAGUGAGCUGGAGAAGAGAGGAGUAGCUUGUGACAUGCGAGAACCAAACGCUCUUCGCAUUGCCCCAGUUCCUCUCUACAAUUCUUUCCGUGAUGUGCACAGAUUUAUUGAAAUCCUGGGAUCUGCAAUUACAUCUUCAAAACAAACAGCAAACAAUACUGUGCUAUCUGGUCCUUAUUGAUGGCUCAGCUGUAUCUUUUAAUCUCUUUCUGACUAAGAUGCAUUUAUCCCGCUGAGCGAUUCUCCGCUUCGAGCCGCCCGAGCUAUAUCCCAUGCAAUUUGCAAGGAAAGAAAUGACUCUGCUUGAGUAGUUAUUUACAACAGGCAUAGUUUUAUUAAAGCUCACAUAUCCACUC